CGCCUCUUCGGAAUUCCGUCGAGGAGGACGCCACGCGCCCGAUCAUGUUCGCUCGGAGACGUGCACACGUGCCGGCUCCGUCCGUUCCAAAAUUAAUCGCCCCCUCCUCCCCCCUUCCACACGCUCGCGGAUUUACUCCGAAGGGAGCGCGCCGUUAAGCAGGAGCGCUCACUCACAGCGCCGUUCGCGCGCUCGCCGUCGCCGAGGAAUCUCCGAUUAGAAAGCAAGCAAACAAACCAAAACCAAAACAAACGGAAUGCGGUCCAAAGCAGUGCUAUUGUUUUUAGUGCUGGGCGCGUUCACGGCGUACUAUGUUUACUCGCCCAUUCCGGACGACAUUGAGGAGAGAUGGAAGCUCAUGCUGACGGACUGCUUCUUCAGAAGUUUAAGCCACCUGGCAGACUUCAGUGAGCUCCUGGGGCUGAAGGACUACAUGGGGGUGAUGAUGUUCAUCACUUUUGUCGAGCGGGUGGUACCUGUGUCCGAUGAGCGGGUGCAGGUGGCGGAAGAGCUUUUCAGUGGUGUGGAGGUGUUGAUGUAUCAGCCCAGGCAGGAGAGAGGAGCAGGAGAGAUGAGGAGAGCCAUUAUCUAUCUGCACGGGGGAGGAUGGUGCCUCGGCAGCUCCAGAAUGGGACCCUAUGAUCUUUUGGCCAGACAGCUGGUUACAGAGCUCAAUGCGGUUGUUGUUUCAGUAGAAUACCGGCUGGCCCCAGCUCACCACUUCCCUGUCCAGUUUGAGGAUGUGUACCAUGUAGUCAAGCACUUCCUCCAAGUGGACAUCCUGGACAGCUACAAAGUGGACCCGGAACGCGUGGCAGUCUCCGGGGACAGUGCAGGAGGCAACCUGGCGGCCGCAGUGGCACAGCAGUUGCAGCUGGACCCAGAGCAGCAUGUGAAGCUGAAGGUCCAGGCCUUGAUCUACCCAGUACUGCAGGCCCUGGACCUCAACACUCCAUCCUACCAACAGAACCAGCACAUGCCCAUCCUGCCACGCACACUCAUGGUGCGCUUCUGGAGCCAGUACUUCACCAGCGACAAGUCCCUCUUCUGGUCCAUGAUGGCCAAUGAUCACAACAGCCCUGAGUCAGCUGCACUGCUAAAGUUUGUCAACUGGAGUGCCUUCCUGCCAGAGUCGUACCGCCAGGCAUACAAUUACAGCGCCCCGCCUAUAGCAGCAAACGAAACACCAAAGGGUUCCAAUGGCCCAGUUCGUUCCAUGAUAGACCCACGGGCUUCACCCUUGCUGGUGCCCGACGCUGUGCUACGGCCACUGCCCAAAGCCUAUGUGCUGACGUGCGAGUAUGACGUGCUGCGGGACGACGGUAUGAUGUAUGCCAUGCGCUUACGUCAGGCUGGGGUGGACGUGACACAUGAACAUUACUCAGACGGCUUCCACGGUGCCCUCAUGUUCAACAUAUGGCCCACCGACUUUGAAAUCGCUCGAAGGAUGGCAAACAACUAUAUACUAUGGCUCAAGGAAAACUUGUGAAUGAUCAUUUUACAAAAUUAGUAAAUUACAUGAUUUUGCAAGAAAUGCAAUUUUUACAAAAUUUGCAAAUGAUGUAAUUUUAUUUAAUAUGCAAAUUAUGU